AGUAGGCGGUUCUUAGUCACUUGUACGUGUGGUUCGCGUGCAUGUGCGUCGUCGCAUGAAUUUUCGCAGGUGGUGAUUUUUCGGUGCCGCGACGACAGGGGCCCGAGGUGUGCGCCGGUCGGCGUGUCGGCACUCGAGGAGCACCAACGUGAGUCCCGAGGCGCCUUGAUCGAAGGGCGUAGCCCGAAAUCAAGGGAGAAAAAAGAGGUCUCGAGAUCGCCUGUGUACGUAAGGCGUAACCUCGCGUUCGGUUUCGUGUCCAUCCCGUGAGAAAAUUACGAGAACACGCACGUACGGAGAAGUGAAGGAGGAAGAGAAGAAGAGGAAGAGGAGGAGGAGGAGAAGGAGGAGGAGGAGAGAGAGGAGAAGGUUUGACAAGCGGACCAUCGGACUGGCGUAGUACGACAUUACACAAUGUCGAGGCGAUUCUCGUUGUCGGUGGCGUAGUUCUCAAGUUGGAUCAGGGUGCGCGAGGGGGACUGUACGAUUUAUCAGUGAUCAACGCUCCAACGGAAAUUCUUGCCAAUGUGUAAUUCGGCGGACACUUCGUACGUACAAAAGUUGGGUUAUCUGCACCUUGAUGAUGAAACCGCGGACACUGGUGGUGCGACAGUUGCGGGCAGAGUUUCAGGCUCCAGACCUGAAGCCCAAGUGCCUGUAUCUAGGAGCAUAGCCAACAGAAAUGAUGCCAGGGCGUCUGGCAGGCCGGUCGGUGCUAUCGAGAGCUUCAUCGAAGGCAAUGCUUCAGAUAUUUCCAGACAAACGGCUUCUGCCGACUACAAGCUAUACGAACGCGAAAAUAUAAUAGCUGCUUCGAGAUUUGCCACACCGAAGCCAGUAGAGCAGAUCAGUGCGCAACAACAACAGCAAAAUCAAACUCGCGGAAGUCACCAACAGGUUCCUGUUUAUGAGAAUAUAGAUUAUUAUCAGCAACAGAGUCAGUCGCAUCCUCCUUAUUAUCAUCCAGUAGAGUCUAGGAAAAGUCCUAAGAGUAGUCCUAGAGGUUCUUUAGCUAGUGAUUCCUAUGAGGGAAAUUUUAGGAAGGCUCAACCGCAAGUACCGACUGGUAAUCGCUAUCAAAGCACAUCUCCUGCAAAAGAAUUACCGCCGUAUGAGGCACCACCGGUAUAUGAGAACAUACAGGAAGUACAUUUUUCUGAUAAUAUACAAAAUAAGCCAGGACCUCAGGUUCCACCUAAUUAUUAUCAUCCAGCAAAUAUCAAUGGUGGUGACUAUGUUGUUAUGACUGGAAAAGUAAAUCAAUCUCAGAAUCAGCGAGGAAUGACCCAAAGUUUGUCAUAUACGCAACAAAGAGGUGGAAGUACUCGUGGCCAGAGUUAUGAUGCUUCAAGUUUACAGCGGUCAAUCGAUUCGUCUGCAUCUAGGUACUUACAGGGCUCAUCCUCUGCCUCUUCAGAUCAUCAAGCUGGGAGGAGCGCUUAUGUUCCUCCUUCUGAACUACAACCGCCAAACAGAAACUUUAGUUAUAGCUCUGAUCAACAACAGCAACAGCAGCAAUCCCCUAGAUCUGGUUUGCCAUAUCACAGUGAGUCUCCUCCAAUACGUUUGCCGCCUGAACCUCAUCAUUAUCGCGGUGCAUUAGACAAUACUAUAAGUGGACAACAAGGAUUUCGUGCUACAAAUCAGAUUGACAGCCAAGCCUCCCAGUUUCGACAGGAUAAUGCUCAGAAUUACAAGCAGUAUAUUGAACCGUCCUCAAGAACUUCAAACACAAAUUUCCCAGGGGACUCGCAAACGAGAAAUUCUCCAGUGUAUGGAAUUCGCCCAGGAGAGCAGACGAUAUGUCGUAAUUCUCCAUGUUACUCUCCAAAUCGUGGAGCGCCUCAGAAUGAGAGAAAUUAUCAUCAAGAGAACCGAGGAGAUUUUCCUACGAGAAAUUCUCCCGUUUACUCUUCAAACCGUUCCGUCGAACAUCUGAGAUUAGGCACACUACAGCAAAAUGACAGGAACUACGCGUCAGAUGUAUCAGAUCCUCCCCCUACAAGGAGUUCACCUCUCUACUCUCCAAAUCGAAAUGAUCCUACUAGAGCUAUCAUUGGCAACAACAAUACGACGAGAGGAUCGCCAAAAGCAAGCCCAACGCAUAGUCAAAUAACACCAGACAUUAAUUCACAGAGCAUAAUCAAUUCACCGAGACAUGGGCCACUUUCUGCGUCCAACAAUGCCAUUGGGAGUCCUAUACGUGGGCAAGUGCAAGCUCCUGUUACUAGCGCUUCAACCACGACCAGUGAAGCCGACACUAACAUUGGUCCUAGGAUAACUAGUCUUCCCCCUGGCGUCACUAGCGGAGUAGCAGGGCCUGUAUUUUUAAAUGCCGGUGUGCCUGUGCUACAAAGGCCCUCCGAUCCGGAAGCAGAAGAGAUAAAGUCUGUUAGUCCGCCAGUGAAACCUGCAUCAGGCAAAGGAUUGCUUCCCUAUAAUGUCAUUCCACCCAGACCUUCGGGACCGACGGAAGCGGAGAGGAAGAUAGAGGAACUGACGAGACAGUUGGAGGAGGAAAUGGAGAAGCAGGAGGAGGAAGGAGAGUACUUCGGUAUUUGCCACACGUGCGGUGAGAAAGUGACCGGCGCCGGACAAGCCUGUCAAGCGAUGGGCAACCUCUAUCAUACCAAUUGCUUCAUAUGCUGUUCCUGCGGAAGGGCGCUCCGCGGCAAAGCGUUUUACAACGUUCACGGGAGGGUUUACUGCGAGGAAGACUAUCUGUAUUCCGGUUUCCAACAGACGGCCGAGAAGUGCGCGAUUUGCGGUCACCUCAUCAUGGAGAUGAUACUGCAAGCAAUGGGCAAGUCGUAUCACCCGGGUUGCUUCAGGUGUUGCGUGUGCAACGAGUGUCUCGAUGGAGUCCCAUUCACGGUCGACGUGGACAAUAAGAUCUAUUGCGUGAACGAUUACCACAGAAUGUUCGCGCCCAAAUGCGCGUCCUGCGGGAAGGGGAUCACGCCGGUUGAGGGGACCGAGGAGACGGUCAGGGUAGUCUCCAUGGACAAAGACUUUCAUGUGGAUUGCUACGUUUGCGAAGACUGUGGCAUGCAGCUGACCGACGAGCCGGAUAAACGGUGCUACCCACUCGACGGCAGGCUCAUGUGUCGUGCGUGCCACAUUCAACGCAUAUCCCACACGCAACCGAGGGCACCGCAGCCGGUAUCGGCGAGCUAUCAGUUUAUGGGCUAAGUUGCACCAGGCGGUCGUGCUUGAGACUCUGUCAGAUGGAACUGCGCACGUAAUGAUGAAUUAUCCGUGGAAAUUAACCGACAUCGAAUGUUCGACGAUGUGAACACUCGAGGCAUUAGGAAUUACGCAUAAAUGUAGGUCUAACGGGCCUAAGAACGAACCAAUUUUUCUGUUGAACGGUUCUCAAAAAUAGUUCUGUAGAUGAAAAUAUUCUUAAAACCAUCGAGAGCUCGGCAAAUUGUUGAACAGAAAAUUUUACACAACUUCUUCUGGUCCACGCAACGUGGCCAUAGUUUUUCGAACAUUUUAAAAAUUUUACUCCCGAUCACCCAUAAUUUUUAGAAUUUUUAUUAUUUGACCGUAAAGGACAUUUUAACAUUUUUUUACACGACUGUACUUGUAAAUGGAGUGAUAUAAUAUUUUUAACAGAUGAAGUUCUUCGUGUGUGCAGCACAUACGACAUUCACGUUCUACACGAUUGCUAUGCAAAGUAAAAAAAAAAUGUGUCGGCUGUAACAGUGGUCGUUGUUAAUCUAUUAUGGUACAAUAUACCAUAAUAUGCUCAUAUAUUAUUAUAAUCUUAUAAAACACAAGAUAUCGAAUAAAUUAAUAUAUCAUCGAUAAUAACGGCUGAGAGAGAUAAGAGACAUAACACCAGAGAUGAUAACGACUGCCGAUUAUCUUCUAUGCGCUAGGUUUGUCUCAAGUCUCAAAUAUCAAAAACAGAAUGUAAUUUUAACUGUGUCAAUUUUAUGUAAAACGCUACUUUAAUUGUAUAAGACUGCAUAUUAGAAAACUUGAAUCACUUUGGAAUUACUUUAAUCGAUGAAGACAAAUAGAUGGUAUAGAUAAGUACGUCUAA